UGUUAUUUUUACUCAACUGAUGUUUUCAUAAUGUUUUUUUAAAUCAUUUUAAGCAAAAACGUUCUCACAACAACAUUCUUGUCAAGUCAAGAUACACAGUAGGGGGCGGUAAUUCUCCUAAGGAGUGAACGGCCAUUGAACAAAAACAAGAAAUCUACAGGUCACCUUUAUUUAUGUGUUAGCUUCUGAAGCCAGAUCGCAGACAUGCUAACAGACUGAAGAUGACUAACUGCACGCUGAACAUCACCACGGGAGUCCGGCACUUCCAGCUGGCCGCACUGAUUCCCACCUUCAUCCUCGGCUUGCUGGGAAACAUUUACGUCCUAGUGACGUUCUGCCGCCUCCCCCGAACCGCCUGGACCUACAUGCACGUCUACAUCACCAACAUGGCGGUCGCCGACUGCGCGGUGCUCGUGCUCCUUCCCGUGCGCAUCUCGUCGUUCUGGGAACGGCUCUGGGACCAAACCAACAAGGAGCUGUGCUUCGUCCUGGUCUCGGUUCACUACGUCAACACGUACGCGAGCAUCUUCAUGGUCACCGCCAUAAGCGUCGUGCGCUACGUGGCCAUCAAGUAUCCGUUGAAAGCGCGGGAGGUUCUGAGCCGCCGGAAGGCGCUGGUGGUCUGCGCGGUCAUCUGGCUGGUCACGUGCUCGUUCAGCGCCGCGUUCCAUCGCGUGGACAAACCGGCGGUGAACGGCACCAUUAAGUGCUUCCAGAAAAACCAAGACAAGCCGCUGCCGUUGCUCUUCAUCUUGGUUCUCAACGUCGUCGGGUUCCUCGUGCCGUUCCUCAUCAUGCUCUUCUGCUCCGUCAAAGUCAUUGUAAAGCUGAGGAAACAGCUGGAGAUCGGAUGCCGGUCGGAGAAGAUCCAGUGCAUGUUCAUCAUGGCGGCCAACCUGAUCGUUUUCUUCGUGUGCUUCUUCCCCGUCCACUUUGGCUUUUUCUUCAAGUACGUGGCGCAGACGCACAGUUAUUCGUGCGGCACGCAGUAUCUGGCGCACAAUUUCGUUCAGAGCGCGAUAUGCGUGUCCAGCAUGAACUGCGCGCUCGACAGCUUCAGUUACUAUUUUGCCACCAGAACAUCGUGGAAACCGUGCGGCGCGAAACGAAGUAACGAAGAAAAGCAGUGCGAUUAUGACAGGGUCGCGCAAUGAGAGAUCGAAGCGCUAUUAAAAAUCGCGAUAAACCUUGUCGGCUCAGUUUAUGGAACGAUAAAUUGGUUUUUGGUCAAAAUUAUUUGCGCGUUGCAUUUCGAUGCGUACGUUCGUAGCACUAAUAUAUAUAUAUAUAUAUAUAUAUAUAUAUAGUAACGAUUGCAUCCAAAAUAAGUUGUGUACUGUGCAUAUUUAUUAUGCAUAAAUACAUUCAAGAAAAAUAUGUAACAUUUAUGUUAAAUAUAAUUAUAUAUGUUAAAAUAUAUGCUGUGAGUAUUAUAUAUACAUCAUGCACAUGUGUGUAAUUAUAUAAACACACGUAACAAAAACGAUUAUUUUUGAUGCGAUUAAUCAAAAGUGUUAAUGAGUAGAUAAUUAAUCAUUAAUUAAAUGAAAUACUUGUUUGAGUAGUUUAUAAUAGCUUCAGCAGUGUCGUCAUUAGUUUAUAGUUACAUCCUUUUCAGUAUUUUUAUACAUUAAAUAUAAAAGAAUAGAUAUAAAAGAAGUGUUAAGUAUGAUUUAACACUGUUACUCCAUGCAUAUGGAUUUUUUAUGAACAUGAUUAAAUCCGUAAUAGUGUAGUUUCGAAUGCAUUUGCUGUUUACUUUUUACGCUUCUGACAAAAAAAUACGUAAAGAUUUUAUGAUGUAUUAUUUUGAGAUUUUAUUUUGUGCAUGUUUACAGAAAGUGCUUGAAAAUGUCAGAUUGUAAGUCAGGGUGUGUGUGUUGAUCCGAUCAGUGUUUUGCUUCUGAACGCCAUCUACUGGACAGACAGACUCAUAACUCCUGAGCAGUAAUGCCUUUGAUUCAGGCACCACUAAUCCUGUGUGAGAAAUAAAUCAUCUGCCAGAGAAA